AUGGUAAGGUGGGGCGUUGGUGAGCUGCUGUGGUCAGGUUGCGGUCUGGUUGGGGAGCAGUGGGUGCUGCAGUUGGACCUGCGCUGGGGCGGUCGUCUGAAUGAGGAGGUGAAUGACCGCCGUACAGAGCCCAGCCUCUUCCACAGCUUGAGCUGGGGCUCCGAUGACAGAGAAGGCCCGCAGACCAGGGACUCGCCUGAACUACAGCCCCCAUCUGAGUCCUCCUCUGUCUGGGUUGACGACCCACGACACACGGCCAGGAAGAUAGCACAGGCAGCCAGGAGCAGGGACAGGCCUAGCACCACCAUGAUGGUCAGCAAUGGGUCGUGAGGCUCUGAUGGCAGGGGGGAGGAAGAGAGGGAGGUGGGCAGGCUGGAUAGGUUGAAAGGUAAUGGUGAUUCUGUGAAAGAAGGGGUGGAGGAGAUGUUGACCGCUAGAUCACUGGUGGUGUUCAUGGUCGCCAAGUUCUGGAAUGGAGAGAAGUCAUGAGGAGGAGGUUAGAUGAGAAGUGUGUGGACAUCUGUGUGUGUUGGGGCGGUCUGCUUGUGAGUGUGUGCGUGCGUGUGUGUGCGGGCACGUGUGUGUGCACCAGUCUCUUUCAGAGUGCCACAGCAGCUCUCUUGAUAUGGGAAGUCUUGCCUUAUUAUCCAAGCUAAACCAAGCUGACUUAGGCCUUUUUAGGAGGGGUUAUUACCAUCAUACCCUGAAGGAGUUGCAACACACACACACACACACACACACACAAAUGUCAUAGUCUUUAAUUCGGUAGAGACAAAGCAUGCCUUGUCAGUUUAGGGGGAAACACAUUGGGACGUGAAAUUAGUUUUAAGACCAAAUGCCAGCGAAGCUGUGUGGAAAGGCCACUGGAGCAGCCAUCAUCUCGUUAGUCACCGCCACCCAACACACACUCGCUCACACACACACACACUCUCAGACGCAAGAUAUUGAAUCCAAACUCUCUUACAGUAUACACCCACCCACAAACAAACCACAAACUCUAGAGAGUUCAGACAUCUUCCACUGUCCAACAUCCACUCACUCUCUCAUAUUGACUGUGACUCCAUACUUAGAUGCAUGCACUCAUACUGACCCAAACACACAUUCACCCAUGUGGGCAUAACACAAAUAAGCACGUCAGCAAACACACAUACAUGUUAUAUGCACACACACACACACACACACACACACACACACACACACAAACACACACACACACACUCUUUACCUUUUUCAGUCACAUCCAGUAUUUGUGAGUCAAACUUUUUCCUGCUUCCACGUUAUUUUUCUUCCUCACACUGCCUUUUUAAGAAAGUGUUAGGGAAUGCAGAGAGAAGAAAGAGGGGACAGAGAGGACAAGGGGGUAACAGGACAGUGAUCAAAACAUAGUCUCUUUGUUUUCCACUGGUAGAGCCUAAAACAAUGGUCAAUUUCCAACACUUUCUAAGAGCUUAGAAAUGUAUCUCCCAACACUAACACUGCAAAUGCUUAAAUUCACAACAUAUGGGCUUAGUAACACGAACUGGGAAUCUCUGCACCCCUUUUAUAGCCAAAGUGGUGCAGUCCACUGUGUAAUACCCUAUUCAUCAAUCUGACCCCCCACUCUCUUUUCUCCCAUCUCACCCCUCCCCUCUCCUCCUCUUUCUCUUCUCCUCUCUUUAUAAAGCUAAUGAAACUGAAACAGGGCCCCUCUUUUCACGCAGGGAGCAAGAGAGAGAGAGGAAGGGAGGGUGUGUGUGUGUGUGUGUGUGUGUGUGUUUGAACACGUUUGUGUCUGUCUGUGGGUGUGGGUGUGGAUGUGCAUGCAUGCUUGUGCACGCAUCUGUCUAGGAAUAUCCACAGGUCCUACAAGCAGAGUAUGAUCAGGGCCUGCUCAGUCUCAUCUUGCUUCAUCAUCUCUGUGCCUUUUUUUAGUUCAGAACUCUAUUCAGUAUAUUAUACUCAGUAUAAUGUCAUGGCCCAUUCUGUAGCAGCUCAGCAUGCCUCACUAGUGAUCUGUGUGGAGCCAUGCUGUCUCUGAUGUGUUUUUGUCUUUGGCUGCUCUGGCUCCAUGCCUGCCUGUCAGAGAGAGAGAGAGGGAGAGUGAACAAGAGAGAAAGGAGGUAGACUGGUAGAGGGAGAGAGAGAUGGGGUGUAGAGAGGGUGUGAGAGAAAGAGACAAAGAGAGAGAGAUGGGAAAGAAGAGAGUGAGUUAGGGAGAUUGAGAGUGAGGGAGAGAGAAGUGAAAGAGAGAGAGGGGAAGGGAUAAAGACAGAGAGAGAGAAAUCUCCAUUGUGGAAUCGUUGCCAGGGCCAUGAUGCAGUUGUUGUGGCAACCAUGGGACAAAACAGAAUUUGGAGGGGGUGGGGGGGUCACUAGCAUGUUAGUACGUGUGUGUGUAUGUCUAUAUGAAGGUCAGCGUCUGUGUGUGUGUUUGUGUGCAUGCCUGUGUUCGCACAUGUGUGUGUGUGUACAUGUGUGUAAAUGUUUAUCUACUGUAUCUAUGUAGGCCUAUUGGUGUGUGGUUUCAAGUCACUGUGGUUGUAAAUUAGUAUAAUGGCUGCAUAUGCCUUUGCUAUUAACAUGUGUUAAGUUUUGUUGUGUGUUUUUGUGUGCAGGUGCAAGCCACAGAUUCAGACCAGGGGGAGAACGGUAGGGUUCUGUACAGGAUCCUCUCUGGUGAGUACAACUUCUUCCAUCCUCUUCCGAGUCGCCAGGUGGUGAUACUUUUCACACCUACUCACAGGCCUCACCGCACACAAACAACUAAACACAAAAGACUGUCAACAACAACACUGCAUGCUAAUCAUAUCCUGCAUGCAUAAUCAUAACCUUAUUUGAAGUCAUACGGUAUUAGCCAUUUAACUGCUCAAUGAUACAUUUGAAAGAUGCAGUGUCAAGUGGGUAUUACUUGAUCUGGAUAGAUUCCGAUUACAAUGUUAGUGAUAUUGUAGUAUAAAUAUUUGAAUGUACUGUAUAUCAAUACCCUCAUGGCCAUCCUGCAUGGAAUCACUCUUAACCCCCAGCUAACCUCUCUCUUUCCAUUUCUCCCUGUCUUGCACCCCUCCCCCUCUCUCCCUCUCUUUCGCUCUCCUCCUCUCCCACCCCCUCUCCCCCGCACCCCAACUCUCUCUCUCUCUCUCUCUCUCUCUCUCUCUCUCUUCUCUCUCUCUCUCUCUCUCUCUCUCUCUCUCUCUCUCUCUCUCUCUCUCUCUCUCUCUCUGUCUCUAUCUGUGUGUGUCUCCCUAUAUCUCUCUCUCUGUCUGCAUGUGUAGGCAACAGUAAGGGUCUGUUCAGGAUUAAUGAGCUCUCGGGGCUUGUGAUGCGGGGCCAGAGGGCUCUGGACAGAGAGAGCAGCAGCUCCCAUGUGCUGGAGGUGGAGGCCUACAACAGUGACCAGGGCAGGAUGAGGAGCUCUGUACGGGUAAGGAGAGUAGGAGGGGUGAGGAAGGAGGAGAGGGAGAGGGGGGACAGGGAAGGAGGAGAGACAGGGGAGGGAGAGGGGACAGGGCUGGAGGUGGAGGCCGACAACAGUGACCAGGGCAGGAUAAUGAGCUCUGUGCGAGUGAGGAGAGGACAGGGGAGGGUAAUGGGAGGGGGGACAGAGCUGGAGGAGGAGUCCUGGGUCGUUCCACCAAUUCGGUGCCUUUUGAGAAGUGUAACUUGGUAAAACAAACUUUAAUUUAAGCUAAUUUUAACAUUCUGUUAUAAAGUCACUUGUUGCCAGUGACUAGGGGGGAGGGGCUGGUCAAACUCAAAACAAAAUGCACCCCCCAAAGUAAAAAAUAUUUUCACAUGACCCUCUCCUUGUACUGUAAAAUAAAUUGAACACCCUCCCCCCUCAUAGAAUUAACUCAAAAUAAUGUUUACGACCACAAAUAACAAUAACUGUAGCGACCCUUUGUUUAUAAACGUGGAUAUCGACUUUGCCACUUCAGCAUGCUUUUGUGGCACAUUCGAUGCCACGCAGGGCUAUGGGCCAGAAGGUUGAGGGUUCGCUGACCACCACAGACGAGCUCACUCUCCCUGCCUGUUUUAUUACUUCAUGAUCAGAGCUGGCUGGAGUCAAUGAUCAGCUAGAGGGAAAUCAGAUUUUCAACAUUUUGAUGCCAUAUUUAUAAUUAUAUAAAAUACUGGAAAUGCAACAAAUGUUCCACCAAUAGGUUUCUGUGCCAAUGCACCACACAACCAAUAAACAAAGCAUACCUACUUCGGGCACUUCAAUAUCAUGGUUUGCGUUUUCAACACCACAAUAAAUAGACUAUGUCAAUCUCUGCAAACAGAAAAUACAUCCCUCCCUACCUUAUAGGCUUACCCAGUAUCGAAGGCUUGGCUUGACAAUCUCCGAAUGUCAUUCAACUUUUUGGUGUUUUGUAACAGAAGUCUCUUUCCAUUCAUCAAUUGGCCGCUGCACAGUUUGGAUUGAUUGAUUGAUUUUAUUUGUCAGUUAAGAAAAUACAUAUUUUUUAAGUGAUUGCACAAUAAAGAUAUGGACUUAUUUCCAUUGUGGUCCCUAUUUUGUUUACAUAAAUAUAUAUACAAUUACAUAGAUACAGACACAUUACAGAGAUAGAGAUGAAAAAAUGCUCAACCUCCAGAUGAGUAUGAGGGAAGAGUUUAAGUACAAUUAUUUUGAACUUGUUUGGCUGGUAGCUUAUUCUUUAGAUGUUUGAGGCUGCUGAUGAACCAUGAUGUUCAGGCAUAAUCAGAGUAACACUGGACUAGCGCACUUGCCAGAGUCAUUAGUGUGUCUAAAGCUAGGUUUCCAUACAAUUGGUGACAGAUUUUCAUGUGAAUAUUCAAAGAUCUUAAUAAGAACAAUAUGCCAUUUCAGAGUUUCCUUUAGGAACAUUUGGCACCAGACAACAUGACAGGGAAGAUGUUAAUUUACCUGAAAUUUGAGACAUUCAAUGGAUAUCCAUAUGCAUUCAGAUUCAACUUGGCGCAGCCAGCGCCAUCAGUAAAUGGGGAUGUUGGCCAAGUGAGCCACAUUUACGUGUCCUUAAAAACAGCCUAUAACAAAUUACAAAAACACUAUUCCUUGUGUUUCGAUGUGUAGCAUAUGCAAACCUUUAUAGCCUAUUUUAUUGUGUUUUUUAGGCUACUUUCCUAAAACAAUAAUUGUCCACCUCACGGUUCAGAUGUCAGAGAUUUGACCACUAAAUGUAUCAGCACACUGCAUGCAAAGGCUUAGGUGUCCACUGUAUGAUUAUUAUAUUCAUAUUUGUAUGUUAUAUGUUAUAAAAUUGAUUUGCAUUUUAAUGAGGGAAAUAAGUAUUUGACCCCCUCUCAAUCAGAAAGAUUUCUGGCUCCCAGGUGUCUUUUAUACAGGUAACGAGCUGAGAUUAGGAGCACACUCUUAAAGGGAGUGCUCCUAAUCUCAGUUUGUUACCUGUAUAAAAGACACCUGUCCACAGAAGCAAUCAAUCAAUCAGAUUCCAAACUCUCCACCAUGGCCAAGACCAAAGAGCUCUCCAAGGAUGUCAGGGACAAGAUUGUAGACCUACACAAGGCUGGAAUGGGCUACAAGACCAUCGCCAAUCAGCUUGGUGAGAAGGUGACAACAGUUGGUGUGAUUAUUCGCAAAUGGAAGAAACACAAAAGAACUGUCAAUCUCCCUCGGCCUGGGGCUCCAUGCAAGAUCUCACCUCGUGGAGUUGCAAUGAUCAUGAGAAGGGUGAGGAAUCAGCCCAGAACUAAACGAGAGGAUCUUGUCAAGGAUCUCAAGGCAGCUGGGACCAUAGUCACCAAGAAAACAAUUGGUAACACACUACGCCGUGAAGGACUGAAAUCCUGCAGCGCCCGCAAGGUCCCCAUGCUCAAGAAAGCACAUAUACAGGGCCGUCUGAAGUUUGCCAAUGAACAUCUGAAUGAUUCAGAGGAGAACUGGGUGAAAGUGUUGUGGUCAGAUGAGACCAAAAUCGAGCUCUUUGGCAUCAACUCAACUCGCCGUGUUUGGAGGAGGAGGAAUGCUGCCUAUGACCCCAAGAACACCAUCCCCACCGUCAAACAUGGAGGUAGAAACAUUAUGCUUUGGGGGUGUUUUUCUGCUAAGGGGACAGGACAACUUCACCGCAUCAAAGGGACGAUGGACGGGGCCAUGUACCGUCAAAUCUUGGGUGAGAACCUCCUUCCCUCAGCCAGGGCAUUGAAAAUGGGUCGUGGAUGGGUAUUCCAGCACGACAAUGACCCAAAACACAUGGCCAAGGCAACAAAGGAGUGGCUCAAGAAAAAGCACAUUAAGGUCCUGGAGUGGCCUAGUCAGUCUCCAGACCUUAAUCCCAUAGAAAAUCUGUGGAGGGAGCUGAAGGUUCGAGUUGCCAAACAUCAGCCUCGAAACCUUAAUGACUUGGAGAAGAUCUGCAAGAGGAGUGGGACAAAAUCCCUCCUGAGAUGUGUGCAAACCUGGUGGCCAACUACAAGAAACGUCUGACCUCUGUGAUUGCCAACAAGGGUUUUGCCACGAAGUACUAACAGAGGGGUCAAAUACUUAUUUCCCUCAUUAAAAUGCAAAUCAAUUUAUAACAUUUUUGACAUGCAUUUUUCUGGAUUUUUGUUGUUGUUAUUCUGUCUCUCACUGUUCAAAUAAACCUACCAUUAAAAUUAUAGACUGAUCAUGUCUUUGUCAGUGGACAAACUUACAAAAUCAGCAGGGGAUCAAAUAAUUUUUUCCCUCACUGUAAGUCAUGUUUUGCAGAGGGGUCAAAUACUUAUUUCCCUAAUUGAAAUGCAAAUCAAUUUAUAACAUUUUUGACAUGCGUUUUUCUGGAUUUUUUUGUUGUUAUUCUGUCUCUCACUGUUCAAAUAAACCUACCAUUAAAAUUAUAGACUGAUCAUGUCUUUGUCAGUGGGCAAGCAUACAAAAUUAGCAGCGGAUCAAAUACUUUUUUCCCUCACUGUAAGUCAUGUUUUGCAGAGGGGUCAAAUUCUUAUUUCCCUAAUUGAAAUGCAAAUCAAUUUAUAACAUUUUUGACAUGCGUUUUUCUGGAUUUUUUUGUUGUUAUUCUGUCUCUCACUGUUCAAAUAAACCUACCAUUAAAAUUAUAGACUGAUCAUAUCUUUGUCAGUGGGCAAACGUACAAAAUCAGCAGGAGAUCAAAUACUUUUUUCCCUCACUGUAUAUAUAUAUACAUACAGUACCAAUCAAAUGUUUGGACACACCUACUCAUUCAAGGGUUUUUCUUUAUAUUUACUAUUUUCUACAUUGUAAAAUAAUAGUGAAGAUAUCAAAACUAUGAAAUAACACAUAUGGAAUCAUGUAGUAAAAAAAAAAGUGUUAAACAAAUCAAGAUAUAUUUUAUAUUUGAGAUUCUUUAAAUAGCCACCCUUUGCCUUGAUGACUGCUUUGCACACUGGUAAACUAGCCCUUACACAGCCUGGAGGUGUGUUGGGUCAUUGUCCUGUUGAAAAGCAAAUGAUAGUCCCACUAAGCCCAAACCAGAUGGGAUGGCGUAUCGCUGCAGAAUACUGUGGUAGCCAUGCUGGUUAAGUGUGCCUGGAAUCCUAAAUAAAUCACAGACAGUGUCACCAGCAAAGCACCCCCACACCAUAACACCUCCUCCUCCAUGCUUUACGGUGGGAACUACACGUGCGGAGAUCAUCCGUUCUCCCACACCGCGUCUCACAAAGACAUGGUGGUUGGAACCAAAAAUCUCAAAUUUGGACUCCAGACCAAAGGACAAAUUUCCACCGGUCUAAUGUCCAUUGCUCAUGUUUCUUGGCCCAAGCAGGUCUAUUCUUCUUAUUGGUGUCCUUUAGUAGUGCUUUCUUUGUAGCAAUUCAACCAUGAAGGCCUGAUUCACACAGUCCCCUCUGAACAGUUGAUGUUGAGAUGUGUCUGUGACCUGAACUCUGAAGCAUUUAUUUGGGCUGCAAUUUUUAGAGGCUGGUAACUCUAAUGAACUCUGAGGCUGGUAACUCUGGGUCUUCCAUUCCUGUGGCGGUCCUCAUGAGAGCCAGUUUCAUCGUAGCGCUUGAUGGUUUUGCGACUGCACUUUAAGAAACUUUCAAAGUUCUUGAAAUGUUCCGUAUUGGCUGACCUUCAUAUCUUAAAGUAAUAAUGGACUGUCGUUUCUCUUCGCUUAUUUGAGAUGUUCUUGCCAUAAUAUGGACUUGGUCUUUUACCAAAUAGGGUUAUCUUCUGUAUACCACCCCUACCUUGUCACAACACAACUGAUUGGCUCAAACGCAUUAAGAAGGAAAUCAAUUUCACAAAUUAACUUUUAAGAAGGAACACCUGUUAAUUGAAAUGCAUUCCAGGUGACUACCUCAUGAAGCUGGUUGAGAGAAUGCCAAGAGUGUGCAAAGCUGUCAUCAAGGCAAAGGGUGGCUAUUUGAAGAAUCUGAAAUAUAAAAUAUAUUUUGAUUUGUUUAAAACUUAUUUGGUUACUACAUGAUUCCACGUGUGUUAUUACAUAGUUUUGAUGUCUUCACUAUUAUUCUACAAUGUAGAAAAUAGUACAAUUAAAGAAAAACCCUUGAAUGAGUAGGUGUGUCCAAACUUUUCUUAUAUCUCUCAGGUAUAGGAUAGAUACUUCAAAACAAACUUCCUUUUGAUACAUUUUUGGACUAUCUGUUUUGCCAUGUACAGAAUGAAUAUGUUAUUAAAUGCAUUUCUAUGGGCUAAUAGCUGUAAGGCCGAAUUGUAUGUUUCAUCAAAUCAUUUUUGUAUAUACUGUAUAUAUUUUAUACUUACAGGGGUCCUACAAUUCAAAAUCAAAUACUGUAGCUAAAUGGUCCUUGGUAUGACCAUCUUAAAACAAUUCCAUAUGUUAGCUUAGUAUAAACCCAGCCCCCGAUCCUAGGGGUUUUUAAGGGCGCUUUAUUUAAUAUAACAGGCUUUUCAAAUUCAAUAUUGGUGCACAAUUUCUACUUAAAAUAUCAAAAAAAGGCACUCAUUUUGUGUAACGACAAUAGUGACCAAGGCAGGAUAAGGAGCUCUGUACGAGUGAGGCGGGGAGAGGGGGGAUUGUGUCUAAAUAUAGUGGAUAGGGAAAGAAGGGAGGGGAGAGGGAACAUGGCGGAACAUAGAAGAGGAGACUGUUGGGGUCAUACAUAUGGCAGGAAAAAGGAGAGGAUAUUAGGUAGGAUUUAGAAAAGAGCUUAGAGGAGAUGGUGGUGUAUUGUUAUGUUAGUGUUUUGAAAGCGCUGCAAAAUCUGGACCCCUACAAAUCAGCUGGGCUAGACAAUCUGGACCCUUUCUUUCUAAAACUAGCCGCCGAAAUUGUCGCAACCCCUAUUACUAGUCUGUUCAACCUCUCUUUCAUAACGUCUGAGAUCCCCAGAGAUUGGAAAGCUGCCGCGGUCAUCCCCCUCUUCAAAGGGGGUGACACUCUAGAUCCAAACUGCUACAGACCUAUAUCCAUCCUGCCCUGCCUUUCGAAAGUAUUCGAAAGCCAAGUUAACAAACAGAUCAUCGACCAUUUCGAAUACCACCGUACCUUCUCCGCUAUGCAAUCCGGUUUCCGAGCUGGUCACGGGUGCACUUCAGCCACGCUCAAGGUCCUAAACGAUAUUAUAACCGCGAUUGAUAAUAGACAGUACUGUGCAGCCGUCUUCAUCGACCUGGCCAAGGCUUUCGACUCUGUCAACCACCGCAUUCUUAUUGGCAGACUAAAUAGCCUUGGUUUCUCAAAUGACUGCCUCGCCUGGUUCACCAACUACUUCUCAGAUAGAGUUCAGUGUGUCAAAUCGGAGGGCCUGUUGUCUGGACCUAUGGCAGUCUCUAUGGGGGUGCCACAGGGUUCAAUUCUUGGGCAGACACUUUUCUCCGUGUAUAUCAAUGAUGUCGCUCUUGCUGCUGGUGACUCUCAGAUCCACCUCUACGCAGACGACACCAUUUUGUAUACAUCUGGCCCUUCAUUGGACACUGUGUUAACAAACCUCCAAACGAGCUUCAAUGCCAUACAACAAUCCUUCAGUAGCCUUCAACUGCUCUUAAACACUAGUAAAACUAAAUGCAUGCUUUUCAAUCGAACGCUGCUAGCACCCGCCCACCCGACUAGAAUCACCACUCUCGACGGGUCUGACCUAGAGUAUGUGGACAACUACAAAUAUCUAGGUGUCUGGUUAGACUGUAAACUCAACUUCCAGACUCACAUAAAGAAUCUCCAAUCCAAAGUUAAAUCUAGAAUCGGCUUCCUAUUUCGCAACAAAGCCUCCUUCACUCAUGCUGCCAAACAUGCCCUCGUAAAACUGACUAUCCUACCGAUCCUUGACUUCGGCGAUGUCAUUUACAAAAUAGCCUCCAACACUCUACUCAGCAAAUUGGAUGUAGUCUAUCACAGUGCCAUCCGUUUUGUCUCCAAAGCCCCAUACACUACCCACCACUGUGACCUGUACGCUCUUGUUGGCUGGUCCUCACUACAUGUCCGUCGUCAAACCCACUGGCUCCAGGCCAUCUAUAAAUCACUGCUAGGCAAAUCCCCGCCUUAUCGUAGCUCAUUGGUCACCAUAGCAGCACCCACCCGUAGUCUGCGCUCCAGCAGGUAUAUCUCACUGGUCAUUCCCAAAGCCAACACCUCCUUUGGCCGCCAUUCCUUCCAGUUCUCUGCUGCCAAUGACUGGAACGAAUUGCAAAAAUCUCUGAAGCUGGAGACUCUUAUCUCCCUCAAUAACUUUAAGCAUCAGUUGUCAGAGCACCUUACCGAUCACUGCACCUGUACACAGCCCAUCUGAAAUUAGCCCACCCAACUACCUCAUCCCUAUAUUGUUAUUUAUUUUGCUCUUUUGCACCCCAGUAUCUCUAUUUGCACAUAAUCUCUUGCACAUCUAGCAUUCCAGUGUUAAUACUAUUGUAAUUAUUCUGCACUAUAGCCUAUUUAUUGCCUUACCUCCAUAACUUGCUACAUUUGCACACACUGUAUAUAUAUUUUCUGUUGUAUUUCUGACUUUAUGUUUUUUUUACCCCAUAUGUAACUCUGUGUUGUUUUUAUUGCACUACUUUGCUUUAUCUUGGCCAGGUCGCAGUUGUAAAUGAGAACCUGUUCUCAACUGGCUUACCUGGUUAAAUAAAGGUGAAAUAAAAAUAAAAAAAAUAUUGGGAGAGAAGAGGGUGUGGGACAGGAUAUACUAGAGUUUACUGUUAGAGUAGAGUAUGGUGCAAAAGGGUAAGGGCUGCAGUGGAGGACACCUGUGAGGAUCUUGUGAGCAGUUGUCCAGCUACUUCUCUGACUCCCAGGGUCUCUGUCUUCCACUACAGGUGAUAGUGUAUGUGGAGGAUGCCAACGACGAGGCACCAGUAUUCACCCAGCAGCAGUACAACCGCCUGGGUCUGAGGGAGACCGCUGGCAUUGGCACCUCUGUCAUCGUUGUCCGAGCUACAGACCCUGACACCGGUGAGUGUUGUAGUGUAACAUGAUGUACUACAGUACCCAUAACCCUCUGUACAAGCUGGUUUUAUUGAUAAUAUAUACAUUAUAUAAUGUACACUAGUACUGUAUGUAUUGAUAAGGAAACGGGACAACAUUAUGUUAGCUUUAUUUCCUAAAAUAAAACAGAAUAUUCUGUACAGAGCAUUAUGGGUACUGUAGUACAUGUGACAGGUGUUUCCCUCAAUAAGCCAAUGAAGUGGGGGUGUUAGAGGGCUCCAUAGUUAUUGGUGAUAUAUGACUCGCAUACAGCUUUUAUACUAAGUUGUAUUGUUCUGUCUGCCCCUGGUAAUGAAACUGGCAAUGAGUGCCAUUAAUCUGAGAGGCAUUUGACAAUCCACUUCUGCUGUGUGGGCUUACUCUAUACACUUCCUGUCCUGUAAUGUGUAGCACAAACACUGUGUGGGAACUGUUGUUGUGAUGUUGACAGUUUUACCAAAACACUGCAACUUUGGUCUACAUCACCUCUGAGGACACAAAGAUGUCAUACCCUGCCCACAUGUCAUGGAAAAGUCCCUUUGUUAGAGCAGAAUAUAGUUUUUUGGUUAUACAUUUUAGAUAGGUAUGUGUAGCAAUGCAUGGCUACAUACUUUAUUUUUUGUACAUUUAGCAUUUUUUUGUCUUCUCUCUCUUGUUUUGCCUCCCUUUGCCCAACCUCCUUCCCUCUAUGCCUCUACCUGUCUUUCCCUCUCCUCCCCCUAUCCUCCAAUACCUCCAUCCAGGUGAUGGCGGGGCGGUGGCCUACGCCCUGGACUCUGGCUCCGACCGUAAGUUCGAUGUGGACGUGAGCACGGGCCUGGUGACCACUGUAGACUACCUAGACUACGAGACCAAGACCAGCUACCUGAUGAAUGUGUCGGCUACCGACCAGGCGCCGCCGUUCCACCGUGGCUUCUGCACGGUCUACGUGACCUUACUUAAUGAGCUGGACGAGGCGGUGGCGUUCUUCUCGGCGGGCUACGAGGUGUCGCUCCUGGAGAACAUCGCCACAGGAACGGAGGUGGUGCAGGUGCAGGCACGGUCGGCGGACAACCUCAACCAACUGUCAUAUCGCUUCGACCCGGACACGUCGCCAGCCGCCCUGGCCCUCUUCAAGAUCGACAGUAUCACAGUGAGUCAGUGGACAGCCUGGGGUGUAAAACCGUAUUAGCAUGUCUCACUCUUAUUGGACAGUAGGGUUAAGGUCAAUUCCAUUUCAAUUCAGGAAGUAAAGAGCAAAUCCAAUUAGGAUUUUCCCUUGAAAAGCAUUCUUCCUGAAUGGACUGAAUUGAAAUGGAAUUUAACUCCAACCAUGUUGGAUGCUGUACACUCUGCUCAGCAUUGGAUUAUACUGUAUAUAUUUCAAACUUAGAUAAAUCAGGUUGCUUGUUAAUGUGUUUUACUCCUUUCUCCCUCUCUUUCGCCUUCUCCCUCCAUCUAUCUGUCCAUCCCCAGGGCCGUAUCACAGUCACGGGGCUGCUUGACAGGGAGAAGGGGGACCUCUACACCCUGACUGUAGUGGCUGACGAUGGGGGACCCAAAAAAGACUCCACUGUGGUACGGCAGUCGCUUCUUUCUUUCUUUCUUUCUUUCUUUCUUUAUUUCUUCUUGUUUUGACAGUAGUUGCUUGUCCAUUUUUAUUCCCGGUUGUCAGGUCUCAUCUGUUUUCAAUAAUAAACUGCUUAAAGGUCUCCCGAGUGGCGCAGUGGUCUAAGGUAGCUGUGCCACUAGAGAUCCUGGUUCGAAUCCAGGCUCUGCUAUAGCUGGCCGCAACCGGGAGACCAAUGGGGCGGCGCACAGUUGUCCAGGGUAGGGGAGGGAAUGGCAGGCAGGGAGGUAGCUCAGUUGAUAGAGCAUGGCGUUUGCAACGCCAGGGUUGUGGGUUCGUUUCCCACGGGGGGCCAGUAUGAAAAUAAUAAUGUAUGCACUAACUGUAAGUCGCUCUGGAUAAGAGCGUCAGCUAAAUGACGUAAAUGUAAGUGUUAAAGAUGUUUUUAUCUGUUCUGUUGUAGAAAUGGUCAGUUAAUGUCAAUCUUUAUUUUCACCUUGUUACUGCUAUCUCAUGGGGAAAUUGCAGAAGGUAAGUGUUGCUUUCCUUCUUCAGUCUGGAUUACUGUUUUAAUUCAACAUUUUAAUUCAAAGCUUAAUGGAGUGUGUGUGUGUGUAUGUGUAUGUCACAAAUGUAGUUUUUACAUUAUUUUUCAACAGCAUACCGUGUUAAUCAAAUUCAAUUCAAAGUUUUGUAGCAUCCUAGCCCUCUUGUCAAUGCCAAUCCCUCAUUGGCUUUGUUUAUACAUGUGACAGGUGUCAAUCACCAUACAGGAUGAGAAUGACAACAGUCCAGAGUUUGAUAUCACAUCUGAUUCAUUGGUGGAGAUUCCAGAGAACACACCCAUCGGGAAGAGAGUGGCUGUGGUGCUGGGGCGCGACAAAGAUGCCGGGAAUAAUGGACUGGUGAGGAGAGAGAGAGGAGAGAGAGAGAGAGAGAGAGAGAGAGAGAGAGCUCUUCACCUGCUCUCCCUGCUCUCUUUUUCAACUCACUCCAUCCCCUCUUUGUCUCGCUCUUUAAGGUGAAGUUCAGUCUGGUGGCAGGGAACAUGCAGGAUGUGUUUGAGAUCCGGACAGUGAACCACACCUAUGGAGAGAUCUACGUCAACUUCCCUUUGGACCGAGAGUCUGUUGACCGCUACCUGCUCAAGGUUAGACACCUGGGUCAUGUUCUAUAAUCACGUUUCCAAAGUCAUACCAUAUUUAAAAAAUCAUGACAGCUGUGAUGGAAACAGGAGGUUUUGGUACAAUUUUAUAAAUGCCGACAGAUCAUUUGUUAGUUCGACAUGUGAUCUUUUUGUGUUGGUAAAAUUAAUUAUGUGAGAAAUGGUGGUGGAAACGCCUUUAUGCGCAAAUAUUGAUAUAAUAACCAUCAUAUCAAAAGAAACUUGGAGUCACGCGAUGAUAUGGUGUGUGGUCCUCCCACUACGACUCGGGAAACCGUGCAGUUUAUUAGGCUACAGAUAAAAUAUGUUAUGAUGAACUUCACAGGGUGGUGAAAUUGCACGGUGAUCUUGAGGCUCCUUUCCGAUAUAUAUCGAGGGUCUUAUUCUGGUGACAUGAUGAUCGAUGCUUCAUUGCCAUUUGACAAAUACAAAUAUUCUUGCUCUUAUCCAUAAUAAUCUCAUCAUGUAGAUAGCCUACCGGCACAGCCUACUCGCACUGUAUCUGCGAGCUUUUGACUAGAGCACAUGUGCCAAGACCAGAGUAGGCACAUUUGCUAUUUAACGCAACAGUUGUGACAAAACUAUCGGGAGAGUUGAAAAUGCGAUGGAAACACAUGUAUUCAGUACAUGAAAACUUAAGUGGAAAAAGUCAAUUUUGUGGAAACACACCACUGGUGGAUAAAUGUGCAUAUUUUCUUUAUGCAGAUUCUAGAAUAUUUGCAUUAAAAUCUGUUGCCAAUUAGAUGGAAACCUAGCCAUUAAGGCACACCGUAGCAAAACAUUUUGCAGUGGAAAAUGAAAUGAUAGCUUCUUAUUAGACAACUUCAGAUAGUCCCUUCUGUUUGAGUCUAUUUUCUUCCAUUUCGUGCCUAAUGAACGCUACCGCUUACUGUUACACUGCCACAUUCAGGCUUCUCAGUCAGGAAUCAUAUGAAAAUUAUAUGUACUCAAGCUACAUAGGAUGGAUAUUAAAUAUUAUUAUACAGCAUGUCAGCACAUGAGCACGUUCUCAUUUUAAAAUGAAUGUUUUGCCGGUGGGUGUGCGUCCAUACGUGUGUACACAUAAUCCCAUCGCAGUGUACUGUAUAUCCAUAUGUUUAUUAAUACAAAAAACUAUGUUUUAAUUGAAAUAUUAGCUUUUGUCUGAAGUCGAAAAAUACAGGAAAUUCAAAGAUAAUUUGACCUAUGCAUUAACAAUGUUUUUCAGCAUACGCAGCUUAGAUAUCCUCUAGAGUACUGUAGCUUUAUUGAUCUACUGUACUUCAACAACAGAUGUACUCACAUUGGAUGUGUUGAUUAGGAUUCAAACCUUCUCUUAAACAGCCUAAUACAUUCUCUUAGAGUAGGUUUACCCCAUUAAUGUACUUGGUAAUGUAAACUUAUUUUUUCAUGUAAGACACACAUGCAAUCUGCAAUCUGGGAAUCUUGAUGUAAACCCAUUGGUUCUUAAAGGGGCAAUCUGCAGUUCAAACAACAACAAACCCAACCAACCUGCCACUGUUUUGGUAAAAAGCUAAGGAACUAGGGGUAGAGAAAUGUAACCACCUCAAAUUCAUCGAAUUCAUCAAUUUUAACCAUAUUCAGAGGCUAAACAGUGUUUGUUUAAAAUAUACUGUAUAUCUUUUUUACAAACAAUUGAGUAGAACAAGCAUACAUGCCUUCGGUAUGUAUUCAGACCCCUUGACUUUUUCCACAUUUUGUUAGGUUACAGCCUUAUUCUAAAAUUGAUAAAAUUGUUCCCCCCCCCCAUCAAUCUACACACAAUACCCCAUAAUGACGAAGCAAAAACAAGUUGUUAGACAUUUUUGCUAAUUUAUCAAAACAAAAAUCUGAAAUAUCACAUUUACAUAAGUAUUCAGACCAUUUACUCAGUACUUUGUUGAAUCACCUUUGGCAGCAAUUAUAGCCUUGAGUCUUCUUGGGUAUGACACUACAAGCUUGGCACACCUGUAUUUGGGGAGUUUCUCCCGUUCUUCUCUGCAGAUCCUCUCAAGCUCUAUCAGGUUGGAUGGGGAGCGUUGCUGCACAGCAAUUUUCAGGUCUCUCCAGAGAUGUUCGAUCGGGUUCAAGUCCAAGCUCUGGCUGGGCCACUCAAGGACAUUCAAAGACUUGUCCUGAAGCCACUCCUGUGUUGUCUUGGCUGUGUGCUUAGGGCUAUUGUUAUUUUACUGCUGCUCUUUAAUUAUUUGUUAUUUUUCUAUUUUUCUUAUUUUUUUAUUUUUACUUCUCUAUUUUUUACUUAACACUUAUUUUUCUUAAAACUGCAUUGUUGGUUAAGGGCUUGUAAGUAAUUAUUUCACUGUAAGGUCUACACCUGUUGUAUUCGGCGCAUGUGACAAAUAAAACUUAUUUGAUUGUCCUGUUGGAAGGUGAACCUUCGCCCCAGUCUGAGUCAAGGAUCUCUCUGUAUUUUGCUCCGUUCAUCUUUGCCUCAAUCCUGACUAGUUUCCCAGUCUCUGCCGCUGAAAAACACCCCCACAGCAUGAUGCUGCCACCACCAUGCUUCACCGUAAGGAUGGUUCCAGGUUUCCUCCAGACGUGACGCUUGGCAUUCAGGCCAAAGAGUUCAAUCUUGGUUUCAUCAGACCAGAGAAUCUUGUUUCUAAUGGUCUGAGAGUCUUUAGGUAUCGUUUGGCAGCGGGCUGUCAUGUGCCUUUUACUGAGGAGUGGCUUCCGUCUGGUGUUCUUGUGGACCUUCAAUGCUACAGAAAUGUUUUUGGUACCCUUCCCCAGAUCUGUGCCUCGACACAGUCCUGUCUCCGUGCUCUACGGACAAUUCCUUCGACCUCAUGGCUUGGUUUUUGCUCUGACAUGCACUGUCAACUGUGGGACCUUAUAGGACAGGUGUGUGCCUUUCCAAAACAAGUCCAAUCAAUUUAAUUUACCAUAGGUGGACCCAAAUCAAGUUGUAGAAACAUCUCAUGGAUGAUCAAUUUCGAGUCUCAUAGCAAAGGGUCUGAGUACUUAUGUAAAUAAGGUAUUUUUGUUGUAGGUUUCUGUCCGCUUUGUCAUUAUGGGGUAUUGUGUGUAGAUUUCUGAGGAUUUUUAUUCAUUUAAUUCAUUUUUGAAUAAGGCUAUAACAUAACAAAAUGUUGAAAAAGUUAAUGGGUCUGAAUACUUUCCGAAGUCACUAUAUAUUUUGGAUUCUGAUGGGGUACGACAAUUGGACUAAGCUCAUGAGGCAUUUAUUAUAUACGUUAUAUUCUUCAAAGAACAAUGGGUAUGUGUAAAUAAUGUAAAAGUAAAUCAUUUAUGUAGCAAUUGCAGAUUGCAGUAACCUCAUAAACAUUGUCAGGAUGUAGCAGUGUUCAUUUUCCCUUCAACUGAAAUCAUUACAGUUCAGUAUUUCUAACCACCCCCUUUAAAUGCACACACUACCCAAACUAAUGGACAUGUGACAGCAAGGCAGAAUGGCACAUUCCAAACGAGCACUGGGUACAUGAUACUGUACAUAUUGACCAACAUGGUAUGUUCAUUUGAUGAAUGUAGAUUGGCGGAGAAAAUAAGGGAUCAUAGCAUUUGCCCCGAGGCAGAUGAACACUUUGCCCAGGUCCUAAACACUGUCCACUAACCUUUUGGUGAUACGGGGGGACAAACUUCCCCGCAUGGGCCUUUGUUGAAGCAGGUAAGGGAGCAUUCUCUCCCGAACUAUGCACAGUGGACACUUGGGUUGUCUCCAGACCUCCAAGCAGUGACACAACUUCCGUGACACAACUAGGAACAUUUUGCAGGUGAGUCAUUUUCUCUCCAAGCCCAGGGAAAGGUCAAAGCACACCCUCUCCUCUCCAGGCUCUGGAGAGACCUAGGUCAUAAUCAAUUCAGUGUCAGUCAAUGUCGGGAUGAAAACCUCACACACCCCAUCAUAGGGCAAACACUCCUGCAGAGCACCCCCCAUAGGAACACCAGAGGAGCAAGAAGGAGACAGUUCGGCCUCUAACAUGGCAUCCUAACCAGGGCCCGACUGGUAAACUAUUACAGGCGAAGGCAUAUCACAUUAUUCACUUACCUACCACAGAGAUGAGAAUAGAUUUUUCCUGCUUUUUAUGGAAACUGAAAGGUGUCAUACCUAACCGCCCCAGUGGCUUUCCGUAGCCCCCCUACACACACCGCGGUAGAUUUUUUUUGGCACCAACCUGUCACUCAAUAAUGUAUUUUUAUAUAGGGACACUAAACUAAAACUUAGGGGGCACAAGUUUGAACUGAGGGGGCUAAGCCUGGUACGCAUCCAGAUUGUUACUACCAAUAUUACAAUCAAUUUUUCGUGUAGGCUGCUGUUAUUCUCCAAAUAAAAUAGAGAUGGGUGAAAACAAUUGGCCACGUUAGAUACUGCCGGCGGCAUUUGAUAGGAUACAGCUGCGGGACGCAACUGACUUUGGGUCUGUGUUGUUGUUUAUAUAGAAACUGUCUCUGAGCCUGUUGGUAUCAGACCUCAUGAUCCGAUGACAAGUCCUCUGUGAUGUGGAUGCUGAGGUACUUAAAACUUGUGACUCCCUCUACUACAGUCCCAUUGAUGUGGAUCGGGCAUGUUCCCUCCUCUGCUUCCUGAAGUCAACAAUCAACUCCAUUGUUUUGCUGACGUUGAGUGAAUGGUUGUUGCCACAAUGCCAGUUCACUUACCUCCUCCCUAUAGGCUGACUCAUCGUUGUUGGUUAUCAGGCCUACAACCAUGGUGUCAUCAGCAAACUUGGAGUUGGUGUCGUGCAAAGCCACACAGUCGUGGGUGAACAGGGAGUACAGCAGAGGACAGAGGACACCCCUGUGGGGCCCCUGUGUUAAGGGUCAGUGUGGAGGAGGUGUUGUUGCCAAUACUCACAGCCUGUGGUCUGCCCGUUAGGAAGUCAAGGAUCCAGUUGUAGAGGGUGGUGUCCAGACCCAGGGCUCUGAGCUUGGUGUCGAGCUUGGAGGGAACAAUAGUGUUGAAUGUAGAGAAUGGUGCCGGAGGAGAUGGCUGCCGUUUUAAGGGCUCCUAACCAAUUGUGCUAUUUUUGUGUGUUUUUCCGCGUUGUUUGUAACUUAUUUUGUACAUAAUGUUUCUGCCACCAUCUCUUAUGACCGAAAGGAGCUUCUGGAUAUCAGAACAGCGAUUUCUCACCUCGAACUGGACGAAGAUAUUUUCUUUAACGAGUCGGACGCAAAGAAUUUACUCCAGAUACCCAGUCAUUCGCAUGAAGAGAAGACGCCGAUACAGGGGACGCAGGUUGGGGUGCCUCGUGAGAAUUUGUUGGCGAGUGGGUAACCCGCCUCUACCAUCCAUCCUAUUGGCCAACGUGCAAUCAUUGGAGAAUAAACUGGAUGAGCUCCGUUCAAGACUAUCCUACCAACAAACUGUAAUAUCUUAUGUUUCACCGAGUCGAGGCUGAACGACGACAUGGAUAAUAUACAGUUGGCUGGUUUUUCUGUGCAUCGGCAAGACAGAAUAGCUGCCUCCGGUAAGACAACAAGGGGUGGUCUGUGUCUAUUUUGUCAAUAACAGCUGGUGCGCAAAAUCAAAUAUUAAGGAAGUCUCAAGGUUUUGCUCGCCUGAGGUAGAGUAUAUCAUUAUAACUGUAGACUACACUAUUUACCAAGAGAGUUUUCAUCUAUAUUUUUCGUAGCUGUAUAUUUACCACCACAACCCGAUGCUGGCACUAAGACCGCACUCAACGAGCUGUAUAAAGCCAUAAGCAAACAAGAAAAUGCUCAUCCAGAGGCGGCGCUCCUAGUGGCCGGGUACUUUAAUGCAGGUUAUCUUAAAUCUGUUUUACCUAAUUUCUACCAGUAUGUUACAUGUGCAACAAUAGUAAAAAAAUAAAAUCUAGACCGCCUUUACACCACACACUGAGACGCAUACAAAGCUCUCCCUCAACCUCCAUUUGGCAAAUCUGACCAUAAUUCUAUCCUCCUGAUUCCUGCUUACAAGUGAUAAGUUGUGUCAAUUCAAAUCUGGUAUUGGAACAAAAAGAGGUCAAUACACGUCUUCUAAAAUAGACUAGUAUUUUAAUUAAUGCAAAACACUUCAAUGGUAAAUAUGAUAUUCGUAUAUACGGGUCCACUGAAAUACCACGCAGGGCAGACAAGAACUGGUCCAUUGUUAUAAGUUCUUCUUUAAAUACUCUGACAGAGAUAGUUCCCGCUCCUGCUGGCUAUCAGAGUAGAGACUGAGCGUGGUUUAGACUACUCAGCCUAUCGUUGGCGCACAGGUGGUCCCAGUCCCUUGGCGCUUCACUGUUGCCAGGCAUAGUGUUAUCUGCAGCUUGUCCAGAGAGUCAGCACUUUUGCAGUACACAUGUCCUUGAGUGGUCUAACAAAGAGGCAGUGUGUGUGUCUGUGAGAAUCACAAGUCUGUCUCGGGCUACCCCCUAAUAGUUCCUCACAUUAAUCACAGCUUGUUAUGUUGACCAAUCUAUAUCAGUACAGCACAAACAUAUUAUGGUUAAUCAUUAAUGUAUUCUUUCUAAGCUAGGCAUCACAUCUAGUUAUAAGAAAAUAGAACCCCACACAAGCAAAAACUAAAGCAGGAAGUACCAGUGACUCACUUAAUACGGAUGUGGUCAGAUGACACAGAUGCUAAGCUACAGGACUCUUUUGCUAGCACAGACUGGAAUAUGUUCCAGGACUCAUCCGAUGGAAUUGAGGAGCAUACCACAUCAGUCACCGGCUUCAUCAAUAAGUGCAUCGUUGACGUUGUCCCCACAGUGACGUACGUACAUACCCCAACCAGAAGCCAUGGAUUACAGGCAACAUCAGCACUGAGCUAAAGGAUAGAGCUGCCACUUUCAAGGAGCGGGACUCUAACCCGGACGCUUAUAAGAAAUCCCGCUAUGCCCUCAGACGAAGAUCAAACAGGCAAAGUGUAAAUACAGGACUAAGAUUGAAUCGUACUACACCAGCUCCGACGCUCGUCGGAUGUGGCAGGGCUUGCAAACUAUUACAGACUACAAAGGGAAGCCCAGCCGCGAGCUGCCCAGUGACACAAGCCUACCAGACGAGCUAAAUGCACGCUUCGAGGCAAGCAACACUGAAGCAUACAUGAAAGCACCAGCUGUUCCGGACGACUGUGUGAUCACGCUCGCCAUAGCCGAUGUGAGUAAGACCUUUAAACAGGUCAACAUUCACAAGGCCGCAGGGCCAGACUGAUCACCAGGACGUGUACUCCGAGCAUGCGCUGACCAGUGUCUUCACUGACAUUUUCAACCUGACCCUGGCCGAGUCAAGCAGACCACCAUAGUCCCUUUGCCCAAGAACACCAAGGUAACCUGCCUAAAUAACUACCAACCCAUAGCACUCAUGUCUGUAGCCAUGAAGUGCUUUGAAAGGCUGGUCAUGGCUUACAUCAACACCAUCAUCCCAGAAACCUUAGACCCACUCCAAUAUGCAUACCGCCCCAACAAAUCCACAGAUGCCGCAAUCUCUAUUGCACUCAACACUGCCCUUUCCCACCUGGACAAAAGGAACACCUACGUGAGAAUGCUGUUCAUUGACUACAGCUCAGCAUUCAACACCAUAGUGCCCUCAAAGCUCAUCACUAAGCUAAGGACCCUGGGACUAAACAUCUCCCUCUGCAACUUGAUCCUGGACUUCCUGACGGGCCGCCCCCAGGUGGUAAGGGUAGGCAACAACACAUCUGCCACGCUGAUUCUCAACACGGGGCCCAUCAGGGGUGCAUGCUUAGUUCCCUCCUGUCCUCCCUGUUCACCCAUGACUGCGUGGCCAAGCACGACUCCAACACCAUCAUUAAGUUUGCCAACGACACAACGGUGGUAGGCCUGAUCACCAACAACGAUGAGACAACAUAUAGGGAGGAGGUCAGAGUCUAGUCAUAGACUGUUUUCUCUGAUACCACACGGCAAGCGGUACCAGAGCGCCAAGUCUAGGUCCAAAAGGCUUCUUAACAGCUUCUAUGCCCAAGCCAUCAAAUGGCUACCCGGACUAUUUGCAUUGACCCCCCCCCCCCCUACCUACAUGUACAUAUUACCUCAAUUACCUCGACUAACCUGUACCCCCACACAUUGUCUCGGUACCAGUACCCCCUGUGUAUAGCCUCGUUAUUGUUAUUUUAUUGUUGCUCUUUUAUUUUUUACUUUAAUUUAUUUAUUAAAUAUUUUUCUUAACUGCAUUGUUGGUUAAGAGCUUGUAAGCAUUUAACGGUAAGGUCUACUACACCUGUUGUAUUUGGCGCAUGUGACAAAUACAAUUUGAUUUGAUUUGAAUGCUCAACCAUAGCCAAUGAACAGCGUUCUUACAUAGGUGUUCCUCUUGUCCAGAUGUGUUAUGGCUGUGUGAAUAGCAAUUGAAAUGGCAUCUUCCAUGGAUCUGUUGGAGUGGUAGGGAAAUUGGAUUGGGUCCAGUGUGAGCGCGACUGGGCAAUAGUCAUUUGGGCAUGUCACCUUGUUUUUCUUGGACACUGGGACGAUGGUGGUGUCCUUAAAGCAGGUGGGGACUACAGCCUGGGACAGGGACAGGUUGUCAGCACACACUGGUCAGCACACACUCUGAGGAUGCGGCCAGCGAUGCCAUCUGGGCCGGCGGCUUUGUGAGUAUUCACUCUUUUGAGAGUUUUCCUCACAUCAGCCUCGGAGAGCGAAAGCACCUGGUCAUCCGGAGCAGAGAGAGUCAAUCUGUCUGGCUCGAAGCAAGCAUUGAAUGUGUUAAGCUCAUCUGAGAGGGAGGCUUCGGUGGGCACCGCAUAUCUGGAUUUUCCUUUGUAGUUAUGAUAGUCUGUAGUCCUUGCCACAUUUGACGCGAGUCUGAAUUGUCGAACAUCAAUUCAAGUUUGAGUAUGUAUUGUCUUUUUGCAUCCCUAAUAGAUUUGCGGAGCUCGUACCUGCUUGCCUUGUACGCGUCGCACGCCACCGAGUCAUCGGGGUUCCAGGGUUUUUGGUUGGGGUAUGUCCAGAUUGUUAUUGAGGGUACAAUGUCACCAACACAUUUCCUAAUGAAGCAUGUGACUGACAAUGUAUAUUCCUCAAUGUUGCUGGAUGAGUCCUGGGUGGAUACAUUUUUAACAUAUUCCAAUCAAUAUUCCUAAACAAUCAUACAGCAUUGAGUCUGCCUCCUCUGUCCAGCGCCUCACUAUUCUCUGUGUUGGUGAGUUGCUGCUUGUAGGCAGGGAGUAGGAACAAAGAGCUGUGAUCUGAUUGGCUGAAGUGGGGGCGGGGAAUGGCUUUGUGUAUACAUGGUCAAGCAUGGUUGAUCAUCUCGUGGGGAAGGAUACAUGUUGGUGAUUAUUUGGGAAAAUGUGUUUUAGACAGGCUUGGUUAAAGUCAACCGCUACAAUAAAGAUUGCUUCCGGGUGAGAGGAUUCUUGCUGGCUAAUGAUCUUGUACAGUUUCUUGAGUGCCGCCUUGGUGUUUGCUUGUGGCGGUAUGUACACAGCUGUGAUAAUAACACACGUGAAUUCCAUCGGCAUAUAGUGGGGUUGGCAUUUUAGCAUCAGAAACUCCAGGUCGGGUGAACAGGAGCUGCCAAUGUUUUCAUCUUCGGUACACCAGGAAUUGUUUAUGAGGAAACCUACACCUCCCCCUGACUCUUACCAGAAGCCACCGUUCGAUCUAUUCGGAAUAUGGGGAAGCCGUCUGGUUGAAUAGCAGAGUCAAAUGUAUUGUCAAUAAGCCACGGUCAUGACUGGCCCUCAUGGGUUGAGGAUCAAACAUGCCGGCUCGGUAAAGGUUUGAACACCCCAUUUCCUGGGGGCCAGUUUUAUGACAGGUCGUAAAUACAGUGCAGACUUUCUCUUCCUUGCCAUGAAGUAUUGGGAGAAAAGACCCCUUUGUUAACAAAGGAAGUCUUCCUGCCAAGACUCCAACAUCCAAAAGUAGAUAAUUAAACAAUAUUCCUACUUAAAAGAAUGUGGGAAAUGGUUGGUGGGGACUUAAAGAACAAUCAUGUCAAAUUCGUUACAAUGUUGUGAUGUCAUUAAAGACUGCGGAACAACAUAACUGUAUCUUUGGGGGGGUACACUUCCCAGUUAUGAGGUUAGAAUCUAAUUGUUGUUUAAAACGAAUUAUUAAGUAUAAUAAUACUUUUGUGAAGAUAACAAUGUGAUUUUAGCAUUCUAGAUGAGAUUAUUGUUUUCCAUAUUGAUUUGUUCUCAGUCAGUGGCCAUGCCCAGAUGAGCACAAACAUGAAUGAAUGCUCCUUUUACCCUGAGUGCAUAAAAAGCCUUGUGAUGAAAUUCACCUCAGACCAGCAGACGUGAAGCGUGAGCUAAACGUUGCAAAUGGUUGAAUUUCUACCAGACCAGAAAGCCCACAGCUUAAAAUGGUUGACACUCUACAAGACCAGUAGACGUGAAGCGUGAGCUGAACAUUACAAAAUGGUUUAAAACUACAACUCCAUACCAAAGGAAGACCAGCAGACGUGAGACGUUAGUCCACACAUUUGAAAUGGAGAAACUCUGAAACUCUCAACCUCUACACGAGGUGAAGAAGAAACAAUGCACUAGACCUUAUCAUUUCAGUCUGCAGCUGGCAUGUAUAGUCAUCUAGAGAACUUUCACUAAAGACACGAGAGGAGAGGACAACCGCUGGUACAUCUGAAGUUUCCAUUCUAACCACAACUAUGACCAGAAACUCUACCAAGGACAUAGUGAUCUCUGGUGGACAAACCAGAGUCCUACAUCAUCAACUCAACUAUCGAGGACAGCUACACGUAAAUACAUGUUCCAUUUCUAAUCCAAAUUAGUGUUAUUAGGGUGCAUAAGUAUUAUGAUUACUGUGAGCGUAGUCUCCAAAGUAACCACGAUAGUUUGAAUCUCUCUCUCCCUUCCACUCUGACCCUCCUUCUACCCAUGCAUUCAUGCUAUUGUUAGUCCAGUCCACUAGGGACCUGUUUUCAUUGUAUUACGUUAGUAACCUGUGUGUGUUUGUAUUGUGUUAUUAUUUAGUUAGUUAGUAAAUAAAUAAUUAAGCCAAUUUGAUUAAUCAAUAAGGUUAGGGUUCUUGCAGGUUCAAGGAUUAUGCGAUGUUCAGAAUGAGACUGAUAAGAGGUAAGUAUUUAAUAAGUGACUGGUAUACAUGAUCGGUAUAUAUAACAUAUAUAUCUUCUAAGAGUUUAAUUCGGGAGAUGGUAACUCGUUAAACAACUUAUUCUGUGGGGUCCCAAAUUCCUAAUGAGUUAAUUGUUACAUUAUUAAUUUAAUUGAGUGACAAUUAAACAUAGUUAGGUGAUUCAAUAAAUAACAGUCAUACAUUAAAGUAAGUCACGUCACGACACCACGUCUCAGUAAAAACAAAGACACAGCAUUCCCUGAUGUCCCUGCCUUGCUCUGAGUUCAAAAUUUAUUUUCCAGCGAUUGGACAUUAGCCAUUAGAACAAAUCCGUUGGACGGGCAUUUCAUUUCCAUAAGGGAGGCUGUUUUUUUCACGCGCCUGCGCAUUGUUGUGGAACAGUUUCAUUUCAAUAAUAAUGUUUUAGUUUCUUUAUGACGUUUUCAUUGGAUAUAUGGGAUCAUCAGAUCAUGAUAUUUUGCUAUUUUACACAGAGGCUUGGUGAUUUUCGAAGUCCAGCAGAGUGUUGGAAAGAUUUUUCAAAUACUGCGAGGAGCUAUUAUCAUUCACAAUGGAUAUUAAAAAUAAAAACUUCAUUGACUUACAGCGUGAGGUGAAGAAAAAAAUACUGAGAAGCUCAGUUUAUUUAGUAAGAGGACGUGGUGCGUUAAGACAGUCAGAACACAACUGUGAAGUGUUUUCACAAAUAUUAGCAUCUUUGCUCAUAUUAAGGAACUUUAACUGGGAAAUCACCUCACUAUACAGCCUAUUGUGCAUAUUGACAAUUAUAUUGCCAUGCUGCUCAUUUCACAGUGGUUUCAGAGUCCCGCAAUAAGAACUAUGAAGAGCUAUGACUGUUUAAUGCACACAAUAGGCUGAAAAGUGAGGUGAUAUCCCACAGUCAAAGUCCCUCAAUAAGACCUACGACGCUAAUAUUUGUGUAAACUAUUCAGAAUUGUAAUCUGUUGGUGUUACUGAGUAAGCUGAUAUCCCAUUUCAUGGACCCAAGAUCCAUAGGUAAGGCUGUAUAUUGCAAUAUGAAUGUCAAUACACACAAUAGGCUGUAUAGUGAAGCGUUUUGCCACAGUUAAAGUUUCCUAAUAUGAGCUAGGACACUCAUAUUUGUUUAAACUCUUAAUUAUUGUAAUCUGUGGAUGUCACUGAGUAGGCUGAUACUCCAUUUCAUGGACCCAAGAUCCCAUAUGUAAGGCUGUACAUUGCAAUAUGAAUAUUCAAUACAUAGUAGGUUGACUGGAGAGCUUAAUGUGGCUCAUUUCACAGUGGUUUCAGAGUCCCGCAAUAAGAGCUAUGACGCUAAUAUUUGUUUAAACUCUUCAGAAUUGUAAAUCGGUUGGUGUCACUGAGUAGGUUGAUACCGCAUUUCAUGGACACAAGAUUCAUGGACACCUUUCACAGCAUCACAAGGCUGCAUUGAGACAAUGACUUAUCAAUGACCCAAGUCCAGCUCUUUUAAUCCCUACCAUUGUGUCACUGAGUUGUCAUAAUGAUUCAGCAAAUUAUCCUAGGGGCGUUGGAAGACACAAUAUAAAUAACCUAAUUUAUGUCCCUCUUACUGCCCGGAAUGCCUCUGCUGAUCCUACAGCUAUUGUGUGCAGUAAUCAUAUGCCUAUGAACCAGAGUAAUACUGUUAGCACUGAGGUGGUGUGCCCUAGUAGGAAGUCCACUGAAUCAGAUGUCUCAUUCAUCACAAAACCCACUGAUAUUGCCAACUACUUUAAUGAUUUAUUCAUUGGCAAGAUUAGCAAACUUGCCAGCAACAAAAGCUGACACUACACAUCCAAGUAUAUCUGACCAAAUUAUGAAAGACAAGCAUUGUAAUUUUGAAUUCCUUAAAGUAAGUGUGGAAGAGGUGAAAAAAGUAUUAUUGUCGAUCAACAAUGACAAGCCACCGGGGUCUGACAACUUGGAUGGAAAAUUAUUGAGGAUAAUAGUGGAUGAUAUUGCAACUCCUAUUUGCCAUAUCUUCAAUUUAAGCCUACAAGAAAGUGUGUGCCCUCAGGCCUGGAGGGAAGCAACAGUUAUUCCCCUACCAAAAAGUAGUAAAGCCCCCUUAACUGGCUCAAAUAGCCGACCAAUCAGCCUGUUACCAACCCUUAGUAAACUUUUGGGGAAAAAUGGUGUUUGACCAGGUAAAAUACUAUUUUACAGUGAACAAAUUGACAACAGACUUUCAGCACGCUUAUAGGGAAGGACAUUCAACAAGCACAGCACUUACACAAAUGACUGAUGAUUGGCUGAGAGAAGUUGUAUUUGGGACAAAUAAUUUACUAAACCCUAAACCUCAACUAAAUCUUGUAAUGAAUAAUAUGGAAAUUGAGCAAGUUGAUGAGACUAAAUUGCUUGGAGUAACCCUGGAUUGUAAACUGUCAUGGUCAAAACAUAUUGAUACAACAGUAGCUAGGAUGGGGAGAAGUAUGUCUGCAAUAAAGCGCUGCUCUGCAUUCUUAACAGCACUUUCAACAAGGCAGGUCCUACAGGCUCUAGUUUUGUCGCACCAUGACUACUGUUCAGUCGUGUGGUCAGGUGCCACAAAAUUGCAAUUGGCUCAGAACAGGGCAGCACAGCUGGCCCUUGGAUGUACACAGAGAGCUAACAUGAAUAAUAUGCAUGUCAAUCUCUCCUGGCUCAAAGUGGAGGAGAGAUUGACUUCAUCACUACUUGUAUUUGUGAGAGGUAUUGACAUGUUGAAUGCACCGGACAGCCAUGCAUACCCCACAAGACAUGCCACCAGAGGUCUCUUCACAGUCCCAAAGUAAAGAACAGACUAUGGGAGUACUACAUAGAGCCAUGACUACAUGGAACUCUAUUCCACAUCAAGUAACUCAUUGUGUACAGAUCCUUGCGACAUGGGGCCAUGCAUUAUCAUGCUGAACAGUGGCGAUGUUUAGUCCCAGGGUCCUUAGCUUAGUGAUGAGCUUUGAGGGCACUGUGGUGUUGAACGCUGAGCUGUAGUCAAUGAAUAGCAUUCUCACGUAGGUGUUCCUUUUGUCCAGGUGGGAAAGGGCAGUGUGGAGUGCAAUAAAGCUUGCAUCAUCUGUGGAUCUGUUGGGGCGGUAUGCAAAUUGGAGUGGGUCUAGGAUUUCUGGGAUGAUGGUGUUGAUGUGAGCCAUGACCAGCCUUUCAAAGCACUUUAUGGCUACAGACGUGAGUGCUACGGGUCGGUAGUCAUUUAGGCAGGUUACCUUAGUGUUCUUGGGCACAGGGACUAUGGUGGUCUGCUUGAAACAUGUUGGUAUUACAGUCUCAGUCAGGGACAUGUUAAAAAUAUCAGUGAAGACACUUGCCAGUUGGUCAGUGCAUCCUCGGAGUACACGUCCUGGAGAUUCGUCUGGCUCUGCGGCUUUUUGAAUGUUGACCUGUUUAAUGGUCUUACUCUCAUCGGGUAUGGAGAGCUUGAUCACACAGUCGUCCGGAACAGCUGAUGCUCUCAUGCAUGCUUCAGUGUUGCUUGCCUCGAAGCGAGCAUAGAAGUAAUUUAGCUCGUCUGGUAGGCUCGUGUCCCUGGGCAGCUUGCGACUGUGCUUCCCAUUGUAGUCUGUAAUAGUUUGCAAGGCCGAGCAUAGGAGCUGGUGUAGUACGAUUCAAUCUUAGUCCUGUAUUGACGCUUUGCCUGUUUGAUCGUUCGUCGGAGGGCUUAGCGGGAUUUCUUAUAAGCGUCCGGGUUAGAGUCCCGCUCCUUGAAAGUGGAAGCUCUACCCUUUAGCUCCGUGGGGAUGUUGCCUGUAUUCCAUGGCUUCUUGUUGGGGUAUGAGUCCUGAGUGGCGCAGUGGUCUAAGGCACUGCAUCGCAGUGCUAACUGUGCCACUAGAGAUCCUGGUUCGAAUCCAGGCUCUGUCGCAGCCGGCCGCGACCGGGAGACUCAUGGGCGGCGCACAAUUGGCCCAGCGUCGUCCAGGGUAGGGGAGGGAAUGGCCGGCAGGGAUGUAGCUCAGUUGAUAGAGCAUGGCGUUUGCAACGCCAGGGUUGUGGGUUCGAUGCCCACGGGGGGCCAGUAUAAAAAAAUAUGUAUUCACUAACUGUACGUAUGGUUAGUGUGGGGACGACGUCAUCAAUGCACUUAUUGAUGAAGCCAGUGACUGAUGUGGUGUACUCUUCAAUGCCAUCGGAAGACAUUUUCCAGUCUAUGCUACCUAAACAGUGCUGUAGCUUAGCAUCUGCGUCAUCUGACCACUUUUUUAUUGACCGAGUCACUGGUGCUUCCUGCUUUAGUUUUUGCUUGUAAGCAGGAAUCAGGAGGAUAGAGUUAUGGUCAGAUUUGCCAAAUGGAGGGCGAGGGAGAGCUUUGUAUGUGUCUCUGUGUGUGGAGUAAAGGUGGUGUAGAGUUUUUUUUCUCCCUCUGGUUGCACAGUUAUCAUGUUGGUAGAAAUUAGGUCAAACUGAUUUAAGUUUCCCUGCAUUAAAGUCCCCGGCCACUAGGAGCGCCGCCUCUGGAUGAGCGUUUUCCUGUUUGCUUAUGGCCUUAUACAGCUCAUUGAGUGCGGUCUUAGUGCCAGCAUCGGUUUGUGGUGGUAUAUAGACAGCUACGAAAACAUUUGAUAACAUUUGGUAAAUAGUGUGGUCUAUAGCUUAUCAUGAGAUACUCUACCUCAGGCGAGCAAAACCUUGAGACUUCUUUAAUAUUAGAUUUUGUGCUCCAGCGGUUGUUUACAAAUAUACACAGACUGCCACCCCUUGUCUUACCGGAGGCAUCUGUUCUAUCUUGCCGAUGCAGCGUAUAUCCCGCCAGCUGUAUGUUAUCCAUGUCGUCAUUCAGCCACGACUCGGUGAAACAUAAGAUAUUACAGUUGUUAGGAUAUCCUUGAUCGUAGUUAGUCUAUUUUGUAAUCCAAUGAUAACAAAAUAGAUCAAUGUUACAUUGAUUUGGGCCUUGUCGGGUGUCUGAAGAAAAUCCUUCGCGUCAGACUCGUUAAAAAAAAAUAUUUGUCCAGUGCGAGGUGAGUAAUCGCUGUCCUGAUAUCCAGAAGCUCUUUUCGGUCAUAAGAGACGGUGGCAGAAACAUUAUGUACAAAAUAUGUUACAAAUAACGCAAAAAAACACACACAAUAGCACAACUGGUUAGGAGCCCGUAAAACGGCAGCCAUCUCCUCCGGUGCCAUUGUAAAUCCGCCAUUGUCAUAAUUACUGUGUGAGUCUAUGGAAGGGGGUGAGAACCAUCAGCCUCCUAAGUUUUGUAUUGAAGUCAAUGUACCCAGAGGAGGACGGAAGCUAACUGUCCUCCGGCUACACCAUGGUGCUACCCUACAGAGUGCUGUUGAGGCUACUGUAGACUUUCUUUGCAAAAUAGUAUGUUUUAAUCAAUUAUUUAGUGACGCGAUUAUAUUUAGUAUAGUUUUAUCUAAACAGGAUAACUUUUUUUAAUGCUUUAUCAUUUUAAUUUUCCUGAAAUUCUCUGAGGAGGAUGGUCCUCCCCUUUCUCCUCUGAGGAGCCUCCACUGAUGCUGAAACAUGAGGUGAUGGCGGUGGAUGAAUGGCACGACAAUGGGCCUCAGGAUCUCGUCACAGUAUAUCUGUGCAUUCAAAUUACCAUCGAUAAAAUGCAGUUGUGUUAGUUGUCCGUAGCUUAUGCCUGCCCAUACCAUAACCCCACCACCACCAUGGGGCACUCUAUUCACAACGUUUGCAUCAGCAAACAGCUCACCCACAUGAUGCCAUACACGCUGUCUAUCAUCUGCCUGGUACAGUUGAAACCAGGAUUCAGCCGUGAAGAGCUCACUUCUCCAGCGUGCCAGUGCCCAUCUUAGGUGAGAAUUAGCCCACUGAAGUAGGUUACGACGCCGAAAUGCAGUCAGGCAAGACCCUGAUGAGGUAGACGAGCACGCAGAUGAGCUUUCCUGAGAUGGUUUCUGACAGUUUGUGCCGAAAUUCUUCGGUUGUGCAAACCCAGUUUCAUCAGCUGUCCGGGUGGCUGGUCUCAGAUGAUCCCGCAGGUAAAGAAGCCGGAUGAAGAAGCCGGAUGUGGAGGUCCUGGGCUGGCGUGGUUACACACGGUCUGCAGUUGUGAGGGCGGCUGAACGUACUGCAAAAUUUUCUAAAAUGACGUUGGAGGUGGUUUAUGGUAGAGAAAUUAACAUUAAAUUAUCUGGCAACAGCUCUGGUGGACAUUCCUGCAGUCAGCAUGCCAAUUGCACGCUCCCUCAAAACUUGAGACAUCUGUGGCAUUGUGUUGUGUGACAAAAUUGCACAUUUUAGAGUGGCCUUUUAUUGGCCCCAGCGCACGGUGCACCUGUGUAAUGAUCAUGCUGUUUAAUCAGCUUCUUGAUAUGUCACACCUGUCAAGUGGAUGGAUUAUCUUGGUAAAUGAGAAAUGCUCACUAACAGGAAUGUAAACAAACUUGUGCACACUAUUUGAGAGAAAUAAGCUUUUUGUGAGUAUGGAACAUUUCUGGGCUAUUUUAUUUCAGCUCCAUAAACGUGGGACAAACACUUUAUAUGUUGCGUUUAUUUUUUUGUUCAGUGUAUCCACAGAGUGAUUUCAACAGAUUUCUUAUUUUUUUGUGCCAAAUUAACUAUGAAUUGUAUUUUGUUUAAUUUAUAUAACAACAGUCCGACCUUGUUUAGCAUUAUCUAGUCCAAAUAUGGCAUGAUUCCAAUGUUUUUAUCCGUUAGCAUCACUUUCAAUUGGGGACUUUUAUUUUGAAGGUGAACUGCACAUUCCACUAUUGUGGCUAAUCCUUAUUGUGGCUCGCUUCACAUAGGUGUGAAUGCCGAAGUCAGUUGCUUCCCUGGUUUUAAUGGGCGAAUUCAUUUUGCUAGGCCCGUCGCCCCGGUUAAGCGGAGUUUGUAAAUUUUAGACCAUUCCAUUGGUCCUCAAAUGACAUUUCCAUACAACCGGGGCACCGGGCCAUGCAAAACAAACUCGCCCAAUGUCUAUAGUUGGUUCCCGCAGCUGUAGCCUAUCACAUGCCGCCAGCAGUAUCUGACGUGGCCUAUUGUUUCCACCCAACUCUAUUUUAAUUGGAAACGAAAAAUAACUUGUAAUAUUGGUAGUAACAAUCUGUAUGUCACCGUGAUAGUCUACUGCUCAAUGGGGGGAGUAGGCUAUGCGCUGCAAGCCGGUUCACAGUGUGUGUCCCGCAGUACUGCUAGCUAGUGUAGCUAAUAUCAGGGUGUCAGCUAAUGAACAGUUAUUGCAGUAAUUUUUACCGACAAUGUACAACUACUACGGCAUUAAUGUCUACAUUAUAAAAAAAUAUAUAUAUUUUGAACAAGAAACUACGGUUUUGGACGCUCAUUCUAUAGUUUAAUUUGGAAUAAAAAAUUCCAUAUAGUUGUGCCUGAAGAACCAAACGAUCUGCACACUAAUGUUACCACCUAAACUAGCUAGAUGGGUCGUCCUGUGGCUCAAACUUAAACCCCCACGACAAGAAACCUACCUACAGAGGAGCACCUCAAUCCCCAAAAAUUCGCUUGGCUACAAUGCCCCGAAGAUAAGACAAACAUUUGUCAGGACAUAAAAAAAGGUAACUUUAAUGUUGUUGUCUAACUUAACUAGCUACAGCUAAUGUCCUAGCUAGCUACAAAGUUUUAGCUACCGAGUUAGCUAGUUGCCGAGUUAGCUAGCUAAAUGGGAGAGAUGUUUUGCGCAACAGUGGCAAUGGAUUUGAGUCAAGAGUAGCUAACGUUAGCUAGCUAGCUAGCCAGUCAGACCUUUUUGAUUACAUUGACUUGUAUACAUUACUGUAUUAUACAUCAAAGGGCCAGAGAGGUCGUGCCCAAGCCAGACCUGGAAUAAAAUAGUAACUAGCUGUUCAUUUUUGUAAGCAAAAAUUGGCUCUUUUUUUCCAUAGUGCACUACCUAUAUGAUACAGGUGUAAACAACAAAAAAUUGCAGCAGCAGUAAGUAAUGUUAGGGCAUUCUGACCUAAUAAUAGCAAGCUAGUUUGGUGAGAUUAGGUUGGCUUUAUAUCCAUGGCAAUUUUCUGAAAAUGUGCCUUGAUUAGCCAGAAUGCUGAUAAAUUGUCAUUUGAAUUUACGCAGUUGUCCACUUUGUCAUUAUGCUGUUGGAAAUUUGAGACAAAAUAUCCAAAGGAAAGCAUUGUAGCUAUCCUCGCUAUAUGAGCCAUAUUACAAUUCCCACCAAGUGGGUUAGCCCUAUUGGCGCAAUGCGUAGGAUGUUUGCAAUUCACGCCAGCGACCCCGGGUUUACUUCUCUACCCCGCCGUUUGCUACAUUGGUGUCAGAAGUCUGAGGGGCUGAAUAGUCGUUGCAUGGGGACGCCUUCCCGUUCAGAGGGGGCAGUGUAGCGAUCAUUGCUGUAUGAGCCAUGUUACAAUUCCCACCAAGUGGGUUAACCCUAUUGGCGCGAUGCAUAUGGUGUCACGCCAGCGACAUGGGUUCGCUUCCCUGUCCUGCUGUUUACUACAGAGAGAAACAUGUUUAAGUUGGUUUAAUAAUACUUUCCUAUGGAUAUUUUGUAUCAAAUUUAUAACGGCAUAAGGAUGUAGAGAAUGUUCUCAUGAAUGUAUUCAACAUUCUGACUUGUAGCCUAAAGGGACUGUUUAGUCAUCCGGGAUAUACAGUACAUUCAGAAAGUAUUCAUACCCCUAGACUUAUUCCACAUUUUGUUGUGUUACAGCCUGAAUUCAAAAUGGAUGACAUAAAAAUAAAUCUCACCCAUCUACACACAAUACUCCAUAAUGACAAAGUGAAAACAUGUUCUUAGAAAUAUCUCAUUUACAUAAGUAUUCACACGCCUGAGUCAUUACUUUGAGGAAGCACCUUUGGCGGCGAUUAUAGCUUUGAGUGGUCUUGGAUAUGUCUAUAUCAGCUUUGCACAUCUGGAUUCUCCCAUUCUUCCUUGCAGAUUUUCUCAAGCUCUGUUAAAUUAGAUGGGGAGCGGCGGUGAACAGCAAUCUUCAAGUCUGGGCUUUGGCUGGGCCACCUAAGGACUUUCACAUUCUUGUUCUGAAGCCAUUUCAGCAUUGCAUUGGUAUGCUUGGGGUCAUUGUCCUGUUGGAACGUAUAUCUUGAAUAAGUCAAGGGAUAUGAAUACUUUCUGAAGGCACUGUAUAUGUUAGCGAUGAGUGUGAACUCUGAGAUGUCCACACUCGAAAGCGUAGCGGCUAGGUUUUAGGGAGCUUUGAAUUAGAGGUCAAUGCCAUACUUAAGUUGGACAUGCUCUUUCUGUUUGUGACUCGCAGGUGUUUGACGGUUUCUACAACAACACCCGGAUGCUUCAUUUCUUCCCAGCUGUAGUGGUGUGUUCAUCUAUGCCCUGGUCCACCAUGGGCCCAUACUUUGAUGAAAUACACGUACAAUGCCCUAUUUAGGUUGGCAUCUGUUGUUGUUUAUCAAUGUAGCUAUAUCUUUAUGAAAUGACCAACGACAUUAUUAUUAUUAUUAUAUCAUUAUCCUUCAAGUGCUCCACCUGUGACGUCAGUGAAGAGUGACAAUGUGAACAAAGGCAUCUUCAAGACAGUCAGCACAAGGGUAAUUUGAUAAUACUUUGUGUCAGACCAUACAGACAUGUAAUAGACCCCUCCUAGAAACACUGUUGCGGUCAGACGGUCACUUUGGUCUUGUUAUUGCUCUUCGCAACCUGAUCAUGCAACCCUGCCUUCAACCUCUGUUGCCAAUCUGUGGUCCUAAUGUGUUUUAUAUCUCCAGUGGAGGCUGGAGGCUGAGCCACCAGAGGAUGGUGAAGACACAGGUUUGUAUUGUAUUGUUAAUGUUGAAUGGAGAUGGGUAAAAGUGGAAUGUAAAUGUUGGAUGAUGCCCAAAUUCCCUUCGAAAUUAGACCAAAUAUGCAAAUAGAGGUGUUUUCCCAAUCUCUGCACUUGCUGUCAACAGUCUGAGCACUUUUGUAUUGAGACAGGACUGUAAAUUACUCAGAUAGUAGACCUCAAUAAUUUGGACAGGACCAGGCUCAGAUUGUUGAAUAGACUUUCUUUUGAUGUAUGAAUAUUCUAAGAUAAAGAAUAAAGGGGAUUAGAUGCAAGUAGAUUCAAUACUCCUCAAAAUGGGGCUUGGAAAGAAAAAGUGUUUAUGUGUAACCUAACAUGUCUGAUUCCCUGUCUUGUUUGGUACUUCAGGAGAUGGUGGCAGUACUUUCAGAGAAGAGCCGGGGGCUGCAGGAGGCCAUGGAUUUGCGCUGGAUGUGGCAGGCUAGGCAU